AUGCUAGCAAGAAAUGUUUUUGGAGCAAACAAAGUAAGUCCCGCUCGUGGAUUGGCUCGGGAAGCGAUAGUUGAUCAUCUGAAUGAGAUCCACUCUCCAUAAUUCCAACUGAAGGUUAAAAAAGCUGUACAAGAGCGGUGGAACCUUCUCCGAAAAAAGUUCAGCAAAAAGAUGAGUGAGGAAGGGAAGGCAAGUGAGAUUUCUGUGGAAGAAUUAACGGAAAGGAAUCACUGA